GAUGCGCGCCUCCUCUGCGUACCGUAUCAACGAGAGAAGCGAGCGGGAUUGGGUGACGCAUGCGCGUUGAAUUAGGGGAGGAGAACUGGAAGAGCCACCCGUUUCGUCAAAGUGGGGGCGGGGGCGGGGGGGGGAAGAAGAUAGGUUAAAACUGAUUGGUUCCUCGUUGGCGCCGGGAACCGAGCGAUGGAGUUGCAGGCCGAGCUGACCGGCCGCGAUGGCUCGAAACGAGCGUGGCGUGUUCGGUGUGAGCCUCCGGGAGAGCUGCGGGGCCUGCUGGCGGGUUUAUCUCGGCUGCGGGAGGAAGUCGCCGCUCGGCUCGGCCCUCUGGUGCAGCAGGAGAGCGUCGCUGCCGCCGGAGACCGAGAUGAGCGUGGAGAUGAUGAUGAAGAUGGAGAUGAAGAUGAUGAUGAUGAAGAGGAAGAAGGAAAGCAUAUCAACACCAAAGCAUAUACAGAUGAACCACCAUUAAAACGGACAAAACUACACUCCUGAUGAAAACUAUAAAACUUUUUUUAAAAAAAUAUUAACGUUCCUAUACUAUGAAAAUUUAUCUUUUAAAACAUUGAAGGCUUGGAUAUUUAAAAUAUUUAAUAAAGUUUUGUAUCUGUUAUUUGAAAUUA